ACAUUAUACGCGACAACUUUUUCAUUUAUGGCUGGUUUCCAGAAUUCAAAUAAGCUUUUUACCGAUUCAUCUAACACCAAUCCUGCAUUAACAACUGCCAGCACUCAUUACUCACCACCACAACACCCAACUACGCCGACUUCUCCGGCUCCUCCGUUCUCUAACACCACGACGUCUCCAAAUAACAAGCCAAACUCUCCUCGAAAUAUAAGUAUACCUUCCACCACGUCGACAAACACGCAACCUUCGACAAAUACUUCUUCCAGCACCCAAGGCCCUUCUGCUGGUCCACGUUCUUUAACUUCGACCGCUACUCAAACUCCUCCUUCUGCUUCCGGUCCUCAAUCGGCUUUUACUCCUUAUAAUAAUCAGACUCCUCAGCACCCUACUCCGGUAACUACUCCUACUACUACAAAGAACUCUCUUCCUCAACAAGAAACUUCAGCAAUGUUGACUCCUCACUUAGACAGCAAUGGUAGUACCAUGAUUUAUCCUCAACAUCAUUUUGCUAACCCUACCACCCACCCUUUCUGGCCUUCUUACUUCGGGGGUGGUAACCCUCCAAAUGGUGCUGCUGUCUUAUCUGCUAACGGUAGUAGUGCUUUUGUUCCUGCUGUCGGUUACGGUAGUGCUGGUUCAGGAAUGCCUCAAGGUCAUACUCCUCGUCCAAAACUUACCACUACUAUAUGGGAAGAUGAAGGAACCUUAUGUUAUCAAGUUGAUGCUCGUGGAAUUUGUGUAGCUCGUCGACAAGAUAAUGACAUGAUCAACGGAACGAAAUUAUUGAACGUUGUAGGAAUGUCACGUGGUAAACGAGAUGGUAUUCUUAAAAAUGAAAAAGGAAGAGUCGUAGUAAAGGUUGGGGCUAUGCAUCUAAAAGGUGUUUGUAUCUUUCUUCAUAAUUCAUAUGGUCCAUCAAUGUCAACUAGAAUUCCAUCUAUAGGCAAUGGUCCACAAUCUCAAUGGAGACCUACUCAUCCUUACGCAAAUAAUUUCAAUAAUACUCCAUAUUCACCCGAUACAUCUCGGCAAUGGUAUCCAUAUGGUAAUGGUAAUCCGAUCAUGGGAAACCCUAAUGUACCGCAAGGUCAAGAUCAUGGAUCAUCUCCGUAUCCACCAGCCACCGGAUAUGCUGAACGUCCUCAACAUGUCGCUAAUCCACCUGCUGUACCAAUAUAUUCAAAUCAACCUCCUAGAAAUAAUAAUCAUCCACAAACUCAUUUAGAAGAUUAUGAAGCUGGUUAUGGUUUAAUAAACGGUCAACCUCAAGGACAGCAAGGUGUUGCCGUGGUUCCUGGACCGGCGGAAAAUCCCGGUAGUAACGGUUACAUACGACCAAAUAAUCAAGGCCUUUAUAAUAUUGUCUCGGCUACCGAUGUAUCAGGAAGUCCUGCUCAAAGUGGUUCACCGCAACUUAUUGGUCAAAAAAGAGGUUUCGUAGGUGAAGAAGAAAGUGAUGAAUAUAAUAAUGUCAAUAAUUCGAAUCAAUCAAUAAAAUACGAAUUCCCUGAAGCAACAACUCCAUCAUCAUCUCAUUCGUCACCAAGAAACAGUGCUGCUGUUUAUCAAUUACCAGGUCUAGGUGCUGGUAAUACUACUCCAGGUACAACUCCAUCUACACCACAAGGUUACCCUAAUAGUAAUCUUCAGAUGGUGACAAACGCACAACAGGCAACUGAUGGAAAUAAUAAAAAUGAUAAAACGAUAAAACUGAUGGAAUUGAUGGUUUAUUUUGAACAGAGCACCGUAUUACAUACACCGUCACCGGAUGAUACACCCGUAGAAGAACCGACCAGACGUUAUGAUCAAUAUCGACAGCGAGAAGAUCAGUCCUCAACAGAAGAAAUCAGCAAUGGUGGUGGUUGGGAUUAG